UUGCGGCUGCUGGUGUGCGGCGGCGACGGCACCAUUGCCUGGGUGAUGGGGGUCAUAAAGAAGCUCAAGCUGCAACCGGAGCCUCCCAUCGCCAUCAUGCCAUUGGGAACGGGCAAUGACUUAUCCCGCAGCUUUUUAUGGGGCCCGGCGUAU